AUGGCCAUUAAGCUGGAUUUGGAGAAGGCUUAUGAUAAAAUUAGUUGGGAGCUUAUUAGUGCGUCUCUUUCGGCAGUUGAAAUUCCUUUGUUUUUAUGGAGGGUGAUUAUGUCAACCAUUUCUAUGUCCACCAUGCAAAUCCUUUGGAAUGGAGUUCCAACACAAAAAUUCAAACCUGUUAGGGGUAUCCGUCAGGGAUGUUCUUUUUCGCCCUACCUUUUUGUGCUUUGCAUGGAUUGGUUGAGCCAUCUUAUUCAUACUGAAAUGGAAGUUGGCAAUUGGGAUCCAAUACGACUCUCCCGGGCUGGACCUGAGAUUUCUCAUUUGUUCUUCGCUGACGAUUUGGUGAUUUUUUGCAAAGCUCAGAAAGAAAUUGCAAAGUUGGAUGCUAGGAGGUUAUCUUUUGCUGGUAGAGUCACUUUAGCUCAAUCGGUACUUCUCUCCAUUCCUAACUACUUUAUGCAAUCGUUAAUGAUUCCGAAAGGUGUUUGCGCUAAUAUAGAAAGACUGGUUAGGCAGUUUAUCUGGGGUUGCACUAAGGGGCAAUCUAAAAUGGCCUUAGUGGGAUGGGAUUCUAUUUGUCAGCCACGGGCUCGGGGUGGUCUUGGCUUUAGACAUUUGAAUGACAAAAACUGGUCAUUCCUGAUGAAGAUUGGGUUUAGCCUUGUGUCUAAAUGUGAGGUGUUUUGGGUGCGCGUUCUCCGAUCCAAAUAUGGUUGGAAAGAUCAGCUUUCUGACUCUAUCAAAGUGAUUAGCCGAAUCACUAGUAUUCCUCCUCCACAUCCGGAUUCUGGACCUGAUAGAGUUGUAUGGGCUUGGUCAGUGUCAGGAGCUUUCUCAGUUCGCAGUACUUACUGGGCAUUGAAAGAAGAUACGUGGAACACUCAAGAGGAGCAUUGGAAGAUCUCUUAG